AUGAACGGGGAGGGGGAGGUAGAGCUAACAGAGGUGAAGUGUCCGGUCCACGAGUCCAGAGAGGUCGAGCUGGAGCUACUCUCUGACCCAGCCGCCGGCUGCACAUUUGAAGAGGAUUCGGAUCCUAAUCUGUGUGACUUCACCCAAGGGGAGGAGGAUGACUUUGACUGGCUGUUGUAUCGGACAUACAGUUCACCCUUUGCCAGCUCCGACCUCCUGAAGGCCCGCGGUCCGGCAGGACCAUGCUCCGAGUCCAUUCCUUUUGUUCUGUUUCUACCCAGCCACGCACACUCCCAGGUGAUGGGUAGGUUUAACAACAUAAUUGAUGCUCUGGGAGCUCGCUCGGGAUUGCAGCCAAGUAAACUGUCUUGGUGGACCUCCUUAACUCAGAUCGGUUGCGUUUUAAAAAUGGGAAUGAAACGUCGCGGGGAUCUCCUGUGGGAGCGCGCCGCCGCCACCAUCUGCUCAGAAAUGCAGCGCCCCAUGCCCCUCUGGGACCCAAGUUCAUACUUUAGAGGCCCCGCUGGGGAAACUGGUUGCGACUCCAAAGAUUUGCAGAGCAGAUCCUGCUGCACCGCCGCGCUCACAGACAGGCUUAUGAUGGGAAUGAGGAUGGUGGCACACGCCCUGGCGUACAUGAUGACACGCAGCACAGACCUGGAUCCUGCACCACGCGGCGUGGCCACAGAGGGCCUGCAUGCUCGGGCUGCACAGCCACCAUCUUAUGAAAUGAAAACACUCAAGAGGAUCAGCUUAGCGGCUUUUGUGCGACUUUUAAGGCGGCGCCGUUAG